AUGGCGGGCGGCGGUGCGGUGCGGGCGCUGCUCCCGGCGCUGCUCCUGGCGGCGGGAGCGCUGGGCAAGCCCACGGCGCGGCAGGAGCGGGCGCGGCCCGGAGCGCAGCACGAGGACCGGCCCGGCUUCCAGUACGACCACGAGGCCUUCCUGGGCAAGGAGGAGGCGCGGAGCUUCGACCAGCUGAGCCCGGAGGAAAGCCGGGAGCGCCUGGGGAAGAUUGUGGAUAGAAUAGAUGACAACAAAGAUGGCUAUCUCACAACAGAGGAAUUAAAAACCUGGAUUAAGCGGGUGCAGAAACGCUAUAUCUAUGAAAACGUGGCUAAAGUUUGGAAAGACUAUGAUCUAAACAAGGACAAUAAAAUUGCCUGGGAAGAAUACAAACAAGCCACAUAUGGUUAUUAUCUAGAAAAUCCAGAAGAAUUCCAAGACGCAACUGAUCAGCACAGUUUUAAGAAAAUGCUGCCCAGAGAUGAAAGACGAUUCAAAACUGCAGAUCUGGAUGGAGACUUGGCUGCCACUCGUGAAGAAUUCACUGCUUUCCUUCACCCGGAGGAGUUUGAGCACAUGAAAAACAUCGUUGUCCUAGAAACCUUAGAAGACAUAGACAAAAAUGGGGAUGGUUUCGUGGAUCAAGACGAGUACAUUGCUGAUAUGUUUGCAAAUGAAGAGGGUGGACCAGAGCCUGACUGGGUGAUUACAGAGCGUGAACAGUUUGCAGAUUUUCGUGACCUCAACAAGGAUGGAAAGAUGGACAAAGAUGAAAUUCAGCACUGGAUUCUCCCCCAAGACUAUGAUCAUGCCCUGGCUGAAGCCAGGCACUUAGUCUAUGAGUCUGAUGCAGACAAGGAUCAAAAACUAACAAAAGAGGAGGUUCUUGACAACUGGAAUAUGUUCGUUGGAAGUCAAGCUACUAAUUAUGGGGAGGACCUCACAAGAAACCACGAUGAACUAUGAUACAAAUACCAACCAGUAUGCUACACACCUUUUCUCCACUUCCCUGAAAUCACUGUGUCCAUCCCUUCUUUCAGGGGGAGAUGGGCAAGGGACACUCAUAACUGAACGACUUGCAUUAAUAUAUUUUUAACAUACCAGCUUAUUACCUCAGAAACCUCUUAGAAAUAGCUUUUUACUCUUUUCACAUGGUUAAAUACAAUAUAUAGUUACUACAGUUUUUAUUUUUGAAAAAAUAAAAAGGUAACUUUUCUGAGUAGAUUAGAGCCUGACAUGGAAAAGGCACUUUUAAAAAAUAUAAUUGCAAGGAUGUUUAAUAGUGAAAUAUUUUCUUCAAAUACCCUCUUUUACCAUAGUGAAAUGCAGCUAGGGUUAGAAAGAAACCUAAUGUUUAAACAGACUAAGCUGUUCAGUUGUCUUUUUUUAAUAGCAUAUAACAAUUUAAAGUUAAGACUUUGAGCCAGAGAAGAGGUUUGAUACAACCUUUGUCUCCACACAGUUUUUGUCUCCCGCUUUGGGUCAGAGGUGCUGCAGAAGGUAUCCAGCAGCCCUCUGGUUCAGAGCUUUCCAAGUUCAACACGUGCAGCUGGCCCUUCUCUCUGACCCCCAUCACAGAGCAGAGGGGAUGUGGAGUUCAGAGGGACAACUGUUUGGGGGCUGUUGGUUGUGCUGUUUCCUGGCAGGAAUUGUGCCACACGGAGCAUAAUUUACCUCGCGCUUUUCGCACUUAACCCGAGCCGUGCUUUUGUCCGUGCAGUGUGAAUGGCAGCAGCUCUGUGAUGGAGAAAGAAUGAGACAUAUCACCCCUCUGGGCCUUCUGCCUCCUCUGCCACAUAAGAGGACAGAUUUAUGUGGCUAAACUUCUGGUUUUGUAUGUAUAUACAUUUAAGUACAUGUUAGUGAAGCAACUCUACAAAGACAGCUCUCCUUCCCAAAAAGGGGGUAAGCUUUCCACACAGGUGCUUUCUUUUUUACUGUAUAAUGUGAGUUGUUACAUGUAUAUUUUUAUAUACCCAAGUUAGAUACGUUUGGUUGUUUUUAAAUAUACUGGUUUUAAAAUAAGCACAAUAAAACCAAUACUUCUUUUUGAUACUGUGAAGGUGCAGUAACACUAACACAGACUAACAUAGAGACAUGAUGUGAAAGCACAAACCAAGCCUCUAAAGCCAGUAGCUCCCAAAGGACUGGGUCAUUGGCAACUCCUGCAGCACUGGGUGGUCAUCUACAAACAGCAGCUAGACAUACAGCACCAACUGUUUCUUCUUCACCUCAAUUAAAAAAAAAAAAAAAAGCUAGUAAGUCCAAUACACAUGGUUGCUAUAACUAGAAUUGUUUCUGAACAAUAGUAACUGGGAGAUUAGGGCUCCACAGCAGUCACUGGGAGGUUCCUUGAAGGUUUGGUGUACAGCAUCACAUGCUGGAGGUCACAUAACCAUCCAGAGAGGAGCUUUGAGACUCCUGGAUUGUGAUACACUUCAGCAGUUCAACAAAUCUGUGAAAAUCAGCAUGAGACAAUGCAGAACUGUGACCUUUGUAAGCAGGGUCAUUUUCAUAAGGUCAUACAAGAACUGUGGUGGAAUAUUUUACAUCUUCUCAAUGAAGAUAAUUAAAUCUAGAUACCAGAGUCUGGCAGAGAUUACAUGUUCUUGCUAUAGCACCAUUACUGAACUUUUGGUGUGCACUUCUUAUGACAUUGCCAGCAAUGUCUCUGCAAAGUCCCUACCUCUUCCAGUAACAUACAGUAGGACAAAUGUCAUAAGACAUAAGUGAACUGGUUUUGCUUUUAGAGUACCCUCAAGUUAAAUAAAUGCCUAAGUGCAGUGUUAUCUGAGAAGCAAUAAAAUUGUACCUUGGCACAUGUAAACGAUCAUCUGGUUUGUUUAUGGCUUGAAUUUGGAAAGGUUUAUGUAUUCAAUAAUCUUAAAAAUCUUGAGAACUUUUUUUUUAAGUUCUUUCAUAUCAAAAUUUAACAUAUUUUAGUAACAGAUUUGCAGUGCUCGCUCUGCACUUCUGCUGUUUCAGGAAACAAUACCUUAAAAGACCUCAAAAAAAGCUUGUUUCCUGCAAGGGAAACUGCAGCUCAGGCUGGAUACUAAGCCAGGGAUUUUCACUGAAGCCCAAGGGAAGGUUGUUUGCUCACUCUUGUUGAAAUUCAGUGGGAGUUGGGUGCUGAGACACUAAGCAUUGUUGCCUUCAGCUAAACAUGACACUUCCAAAUGCACUAUGCACUGUCCCAACAAAAAAACACAUCUGUGCUUUGACAAGCAAUCACAUUUCCUUCCACAUUACUAAAUGAAUUUGGAGUGGAAUUAGCAUCACACAAGAGAGAAAUCAUGUUCCCCUGUUUGUUCUCGAUUCCUAUUAAUGCUUGGUACACACAGGCAUUUUCCAGUAUAAAAUUAUACUUACAGGAGUAAGAAUGCUGAAAUCAGAGAAGUUGUUCAUGCAAAACUGGAAAUUUAGACCCAUAGUAUUUUACUGUAAAAGCUUUUUUUUUUUUCCCCAAAAGAAUGAUACUCAGGUAGCAUAUAUCCAGCUCUGAAAAAGACAAGCAUCCAAUUAGAAUGAGGUUUAGAAUAAUCAAGUUAUCUAUCAAUAAUGAGUAAUGGGGUGAUGUUAAGACAAGGAGCUUUUUUAAUAAAGCAGAAUAUAGAAAUAUUUUUUUAGAGAACAAAAGUGUCCCUGAUAUGAUUUCGUUCUACAGGCUCCCCUCUUUCUGCAGUUCCUCAUAGUGUUUCUCUCACCAACACUCAGUCAUGGCACAGUACAUUCCAUGCACUAAAUUUUCCUUUCAAGCUCAAUGCACUAUGGAAGAGUAACUCCAAAAGAGACUAGAGCUUCUGGGUUUAAAUUUAACACUAUUUAAGGAAAGCAAACCUUUGCUAGGGGAUAUAACUGUUAACAUUGUGAUUUUUCAAGCCUAAGGUUUCUAAUGGGGUUUGACUAUUCCAGAGAUAACAUUUUUUUUCCUAGGUAACAUAUUUCAACUCAUAUUAUGAGCAAAUGUUACGAAAUUUUAGUGUAAUGUGAAAUACUGUAAUGUCAGAUAGCAUUAUUUAUCUGCUUAAUAUGACUAAAACCAUUAAUUGCUGGGAGCCAUACUUCAUCCUAGCAACAUGAAAAUCCAUUUUGUGCCUAUCUUGUCAGUUAUUGCCGAUUUUCUUAAUGAAUUGUGACGUAGUGAAAUUCUGUUGGGAAGCGUGUUUAUAUAUUUCCAACUGCAGGUUCUGUAUGGUAACUCUUAUUACAUAUAUCCUCCAUUAAACUCAAUGUUUUCAUUA